AUGUCGACUCUGGGAGGCCGCCGCGGGAUGAGGCCUAAAAUGAUGAUGCCGUUUGAUGCCCAGCCGCCUCAGCCGGUCAUCUCAGCUCACCCCAUCCACUCCCUGGACUCGCUCCAGCCUCAGCACUACCACAGCCUGGCCUCGCCCACGCGCACCUACCUGUACCACCCCCAGGCCAGUGGAGGGCGCUACCACCCCUGUGCCUCCCCCAUCGCUCACCUGUCCCGGGGCGAGUCUAUAGAGUCGGUGAGGAACACGCCGUGCUCGGACGCCCCUCCCCCGGCCUCCUCGCAGCUCUCCUCGCAGCUCUCCUCGCAGCUCUCCUCGCAGCUCUCCUCGCAGCUCUCCUCGCAGCUCUCCUCGCAGCUCUCCUGUCCCUCGGAGAUCACGGUGGACCCGGAGGGGAGCUACCACGGCAGCACCACGGAGGAGGAGGGCAGCUAUAGCGGCAGCCUGGCCCCUCUGCGCCCGGUGCACGCACACGCACACCCGCUGAAGAGCUUCGCAGUCCCCGCCAUCCCCCCGGGAGCCCACCCCUCCUACGAGAACCCCGCCCUGCCCUGCACGCCCCUGCUCACACAGAGCGGCGCUCCCAGCCACCCCCACGUGGUGAAGACGGCCUCCAUCGGGACCCUGGGCCGGACGCGGACCCCGAUGAUCGUGACGGUGCCCAACGCCCCGGACGUCCCGGAGACCAGCCGGAUGUUGGAGGACGUGGACAGUAGCUACGAACCCGACGAGCUGACGGAGGAGAUGGCCCACCUGGAGGGCCUCAUGAAAGACCUGAACGCAAUCACCACCGCGCCCUAG